AUGAAAGUUAAUGGUGACACCAUAGAAGACUCAGCUAUUGUGGAAAAGAUCUUAAGAAGCUUACCUGAGAAGUUUGAAUCAAAAGUAACUGCUAUAGAGGAAUGUAAUACUGCUGCAACUAUGACUCUUAAUGAGUUAUUAGGUUUAUUACAGGCUUAUGAACAGAGGUUACUUGAAAAAACAGCUGCUGCAAAAACAGUAGAGGAAGCACUACAAAGUCAAGUCAGAUGGACUAACAAUCAAGGAAAUUCUAGCUUUGGAGGAAGAUCAAAUAAUGGAAGUUAUCAGAGAAGAUAUAAUUUUGGAGGAAGAUCAAAUAAUGGAGGAUAUGAGGGAAGAAAACUAGUAGAUAAAGCAAAGCUUCAGUGUGAUAAUAAUUGUGGAAAUUUUGGACAUUUUUCUUUUGAUUGUCCAAAGCCUAGAAAAACAACAGAAAAUAACUACAAAGCCAACUUCAAAGCAAAUAUAGCUGAAAGUCAAGAAGAAGAAGAAGAAGAAGAAGAAGAAGAACAAAAAGCUGAAAACAUGCUACUUUCUUGUCAUACUGCAGAAAAACAACCUCAACUUAAGUGUUCUACAAUUCCUGUUAUGGGAAAAGGAAGAAUAGGAAUUGUUCUUAAGAAUGGUUCAAAGGCAUACAUAAUGGAUGUAUUUGAUGUACCUGGUUUACAUCAGAAUUUGCUGAGCAUGGGGCAGUUAUCAGAAAGAGGAUACUCUAUGAACAUUUAG